UUUUUUUAUGUUUUCCAUCUCCACCAUCCCCGGCAGAGACAACUUGUAUUAGGUUGUCUGUGUCACCGGCGUUUUCGUAGUUUAUUUCCAUAGAUGAUAGAAGGGAACUUCCUUAUUUCAAAAAAAGUGAACAGGAAGCAAAUAUUUCUUUUUGUGAAAGGGUUAUAUAGUAGAUCACAUUUAGAAAACCGUGUGUGAAACUAGUGAUAUUGACAUCCUUUUCAUUUAUUUAUUUCUGUUUUACAAAAUUAAUAAUGUAUGAUACUAGUUGGGACGAUGAUAGACCUACUCUAUCUGCAGAACCUAGAAAUGAAACAUAUUUAUCUCAGACAUACAGAAAUUCAAAUUUUUCCAAUAGAGGAAAUCAAAGAAGUAGCCGCGGCAGGGGCAGAGGCAGUAGAGUUAUUAACCGAGAACCGAAUCAGAACAAUUGGCGCGAUGAAAACCAUGAGAUUAUUAGAGUCCCUUCAAAAUUAGUGGGAAAAAUUAUAGGACGAGGUGGUAGUCAAAUUGAAGAAUUACAAACUCGUUCUUCUGCGAAAAUUCAAGUAACGAAGGAGACUGUUGAUGAUGAAACAAUAGUUAAAAUAUUUGGCAAUGAUAGUCAGAUAUUAAGAGCAAAAGAGCUUAUUAACGAAGUUAUAAAGGAAGAGCCAAGAAGGUCUGAAUCAGUAAAAACAGUAACACAAGCAAUUAAUACGACUAUAGAUAGUAAACCAUCUACUGGUCCAUUCAAUUGGUUCAAAUUUGUAAAGGAAUGUGAUGCUUUACAAGAUGAAGAAUGGAGCAAAGUCCCUCCCAUAAUAAAGAACUUUUAUGAAGAACAUCCUGAAGUUACAGCUAUGACAGAUGAGGAUGUUUCAGAGUUUCUCAAAAAUAGUAACAACAUAGUUGUUGACCGAACUUUUAAGACAGAAAACAGUAAGAAAAUACCUAAACCUGUAAUUACAUUUGAACAUGCUUUUCAUAAUUAUCCUGAAGUAUUAGAGGAAAUUCGUAAGGCUGGUUUUGAAAAACCUUCACCAAUCCAGAGCCAGGCUUGGCCUGUGUUACUAUCUGGUGAAGAUUUGAUUGGAAUAGCACAAACUGGGACAGGAAAAACUCUGGCCUUUCUACUUCCUGCACUAAUUCAUAUUGAUGGUCAGACUAUACCAAGGACAGAAAGGGGAGGACCAGCUGUUUUAAUAAUGGCACCUACCCGAGAACUGGCCUUACAAAUUGAUAAAGAGGUGAAAAAGUAUUAUUACAGAGGCAUAACUUCGGUAUGUGUAUAUGGAGGAGGUGAUAGAAAGCAGCAAGUUAGAGUGGUCACAGAGGGUGUAGAUAUAGUGAUUGCAACACCUGGGCGGAUGAACGAUUUAUGUGAAGCAGGUCAUUUAAAUGUAAAAUCUGUGACAUACGUGGUAUUGGACGAGGCCGAUCGUAUGCUCGACAUGGGCUUUGAACCGCAAAUUCGAAAGGUUAUGUAUUCUCUGCGGCCGACUAGGCAGAGCGUUAUGACCAGUGCCACCUGGCCUCCGGGCGUUAGAAGACUGGCACAAUCGUACAUGCACGAUCCGAUCCAAAUAUACGUCGGAUCUCUUGAUUUAGCCGCCACCCAUACCGUGACGCAAGUUAUUCGGAUGAUCGACGAAAAAGACAAGGAAACCGAGUUGAUGGAAUUCGCGCGGAAUUUGGGGCCUGAUGAAAAGUUAAUCGUUUUUUGCGGGACGAAAGCGCAGGCCGAUUACUUAUCUGUUGAGUUGUCAAUGAAUCGGAUUCCUUGUGCCGCCCUUCACGGCAACCGAGAUCAGUGCGAUCGAGAACGAGCGGUUGCAGAUAUCGGCGAUGGUACAGUUAAAAUACUCAUCGCCACGGAUCUCGCAUCUAGGGGAUUAGACAUUGACGACAUAACGCAUGUUCUAAACUACGAUUUUCCUAAAAACAUAGAAGAAUAUGUGCAUCGCGUUGGGAGGACUGGUCGCGCAGGUAAAACUGGAGAAUCCAUUAGUUACUUCACCAGAAAGGAUUGGGGCCAAGCCGCCGAACUUAUAAAAAUUUUGGAAGAAGCUGAUCAGUUUGUGCCUGAAGAACUGUACGAUAUGGCGAAUAGAUUUGAGGCGAUGAAAGAGAAAAGGGAGAAAGAGGGACAAUUUAUGAAUAACCGCGGUGGUGGCAGGAAGUUUGGAGGUCGAAGGUGGUAAUUCACUUUAAAUAGAAUGAUUUUCGAAUACCUUAAAGAAAUAAUAAAUUAUUUAACUUGGUCGGCAAAACUAACCGCAUUCAUUAUUCAAUAUUAAUAUUAAGUUUUAGUUUUUUAUAUAUUUUUUACUUUGUCAUCAAUUUGUAAAUAAAUUUCAGGUUCGCAAGACUUCCUUGUUAUGUUGUAAUCAAAUAUAAAAAUAAAGG